CAGAUCGUAGGUUACGUCUGGUAGAGGGAGCGGGCGAGGGAGAGUGGGCUGCGCUGAAUGGAUUGACAUAAGAGGGAUUUACGUUUUAACGAGUGUCCUACCCUAUAAGUCUACAUGUUGCCGUCUCUACCGCCUUGGCCGUUUCUUAUGUGCACAUUUUUACUAAACCGUAUCCACGUGUCAUCGUGUGGGAAACGAUCGGGCUCGCUAUCUGUCUCCGUUUUGCCGAGGAGGGAAACCAACAAGGUCCGUGUCUCGGAGUAUUAUUAGCAGUUCAGAUAGUACAACUGUCUUUCUGGUAUGUAAAGUAUUCGAGCUGCAGUUUAAAGUAGACGCGUAUGUCGUAAGGUAACAAAACAAACAAACUCGUUUUUAUAAUGUACGGAUGGGUUGCUGUUUGGGAUCUGGAUAACCGUACGAAAGACAGCGGUCAAGUGCACGAAGUAAUAAACGAGGCGAUAGGCUUUUUUUUUUACGUUGUAAUAACAGUUCUUCCGCCAGUCAGAAACGAAAACAGGAUCCGACUGCCGAGCCAAGCCUACAUCUGACUGGGCUUGCCCUUUAAAUUGUAAAGCCACGGCCAACGCGUGCACAUUUGUUACAAUAUUACGUUAUUAAAUGGAUUUGUUUAUAGGCCUGUAGUUUUGAAGGCGUUCAACUAGUUGGAAGAAAAUGUAUCUAUGGUGUUUAAAUAGCUUGUUUACCGGUUGUGCACUGCCCUUUCACAAUGAAAAAAUAAUUUUUCUGGCGCAUCAUUAUCCAAAGGGCAGAAGAAGACGAUAAAAAAAACGUUUGGCGCUUGGAAUAAGAUAAACAUUCAACUGGCUCCCAUGCCGGGUGCGCGUCACCUUCCCUCUCCCACCUUCAACCAUGCCUGCCACCUCCAAAAGACAGCCCGCUUCCCAAAGAAAAAAUGGGCCCAAAGUAAUCUCCGCAAAGAGACAGACCUGCAAGUCCACCAAAACCCGAGGCAGAGCCACAGAGAGACUCCAGAAAACACCGUCAGAGCCCAAAAGAUCCACCAGCAGGACCCAAGCGCCGCCCGGUCGAAGCCCUCGGGGUAAAGCGGUCAGUGGGUCGGUCGGUCAAGGACCAGGGCGGGCCACGGCUAAGGUUAUCCCAGCCGCGACUAUAACAGGAUCGGCGAGGCUUAGAAAACUAAGCAAUCCGCCAGACUACUGUGCUCAGUUGGAGGACCCCCUGGGGCGGAGGAAGUCCUUGCGGGGAACGCGGGCGUCUAUUGGUCCUUGCCAACCCGCCAAGCCUCCCUCCAGGAGGGGGAAGAAGAAGGGCAGGAGUUGCUUGGCCAGGGGCACCGCUGCACACCGUCGGAACACACGGAAAGAGGCCGUGAACCCGGGCCGCGGCGACGCAAACGACACUAAGGAGCAGGAGGAGGCCCGCAGCGGCGACGACGACGACGAUGCCAAAGGAACCAAUCUUCCUGCGCUGAAAAGUGACCCCUGCGAGGCCGCCGCUGCUUUCAAAGAACAGGUAGCGGAAGCUGUACACAAUGCAAGCCCGAGCAGCGCUUUCCCCUGCGAGUCGUCUCCCGGCGACGACACACAGCGAGUGUGUGUGGCGCGGGGCCGGUGUGACAGUGUCAUUAUGGAGCCAGAACAGAGGGCUCACCGGCAGAGCGUCGGGGAAGAGCCCGUGCCUGGUGGGGUCGCGGGCCCGGGGGAUAAACAAGGGGACGGGUCACAUGAUCUGGGAUCUAGCAAUGGUGGUGGUAGAGAGGCAAGCCAGACCGAGGUCCCUGAGCACACCGACGCUGAGGAGAGGCUAGUGGAGAACCAGGAGGAACUAGGUGAGAACCAGGAGAAACUAGGAGAGAACCGGGAGAAACGAAGGGAGAGCGUGGGGAAACAAGUUGAGGAUGAGGAGACUAGGCGAGAUAACGGUGAGGUGAAGCCUGGCGACAACCUUCCUGAUCUCAAGGAGUUGAAGAGCGACAUUGCCGAAGUCAAACCCGGUGAUCCUGCUAGCGAUGGGAAGCAAGUCUCUACUCCACAAGAAGAGGAUAACUCAUCUGUCCUGAGAGAGGCAGAGACGCAGAGGCAGACGCUGGCAGCCACCCACGAGAACGAUGGAGAGGAGAUCCGGAAAAAAGAGAGGGAACCGUGUUUAGAAGGAAGGCAUGAUGAGAAGGAGAGAAUAGGGUGCUCUGUGAUUAAGGACAAUGUUAAGGAGUCUGUUCAUCUUCUGCCCCGAGCGAACCAGGGUGAGGGAAACAAUGUUUCGUCCUUUGCUGCUCGCUCCCAUCAACGUACCUUGUUUGCUCCCUCAUCUGAUCUGUACCAGUCCAGCGACGCAUCGACAGAAAGAUCACCUUUUGAGACUUUCCCUGUGUCUAUCACAGCUACCUCAGAACCUGUUAAAUCCCCGGUGUGGUCGGAAUCACAAGAGGUACUUGCCCAUGGCAGGCAAGACAUCCGAUCAUCCAACAUCACCCACGGUGCUAAACUACAUCACCCAGUAUCUUCUGCUCUCAGUGUGAGCAACCUGAUCUCACGGACCAACGCGACGUCACCGAACGCACAUGUUACCAGAACCCAGGUCCUAGGCCCCGUCUUCCCGCAGCGUCUAUACCAGUGGAGUCCAGGGCAGGCCCUGAACAGGGAGGUCCCUCCCCGAGAGGAGAGCAGAAGGCCCCAGACACCGGUCCAGACGGACAACACCCGAGCUCACCCGCCUGCUCCGGAGUCAUCGAGGCCCCGCCCCCACCAGGAGGUCGCCCCUUCCCUCCCACCGCUUCCUCUCGGAGACACGGUAGUCCCCGCCGGCGCCGGUGAGCCCGACCCGAGGGAGACCCGCGAGGUUGCGUCGGCGUUGCCGGAGCAGGAGUCGACGCCAAAGACGUCCGCCGCCGCCGCCGCCACCAACGCCUCCCCACCGGGCGGCGGUAGUGGAGGAGGGGCAGGUGGCUACCCCUUCUCCUGCAGCUCAGAAAGCACCCGCUCCUCCCUGGACACGGAGUCUGACGCCGGGUGCGGUGACCCGGGCCCCGGCCUCCUGGCCGGGGGGUCCUGGGGGUUCCCAGAGGGGGCCUGCAUGCCCUCCUGGACCGCCGCCGGCCGGGCGCUGAAGAAGGAGAAGGAGAAGAAGAAGAGGAGCCGUUGCGGCGGUUGCGAGCCUUGCCUGAGGAAGAUAAGCUGUGGCCGGUGCAGCUGCUGCCUCAACCGCAGCACUGGCCACCAGAUCUGCAAGCUGCGCAAGUGUGUGGAGCUGAAGAAGAGGAGGUCCUUGUUGUUGCUGUCUCCCCCCGCUGCACAGGCGGCGACGGAGGGCGGAUCGGUAAAUGGCAGAGGCGGAGCCCAGAUGGAAGCAGAGACCCACGCGGCGGCAGCCGAGGAAGACGAGGGCGAGGAAGGUCACCUACCUCCAACACGGCCUCCACAUGUCCCCACGCCAGUACUCGCGGUGUACGCUGCGCCCUUGGAGCGUGCGGCCGCCCCCACGCCUCUGCUCAUUAAGAGAGAACACAUGCCGGACCACAAUGCACUUCAGCAGCACUUCUGCGGCACCCCUGGACCUCUCCGGAACCUUCCUGACCAGACUCUAAUCAUUAACGGUGCUUACGACAUGGCCGCCGGGUCCGACCAGCGGCCCCGCUGUCAGCGGGCGACGGUUGUGUCGCCGCCCCAACGGACUACAUUACCCACAAUCCCCCCGUGCCCCGGCCCGCAAAGCUCACCUGUAGUUGAAGCUCCCAAAGAGGACGCCGGCGCCGUCCCACUGAAGAAGAUCAAGCUGGAGGAGCCCUGGGUGUGGAGCACCGAGGAGACCCCCAGGCAGCCUGAAGAAGAGGAGGAGGAGGAGGAGGAGGAGGAAGGGGAGGAGACCUACGAGGAUCCCCUGUCCACGCUGGCCGCCGUGGUGUGUCUGUCCAUCACGGAGAGGAAGGGUCUGGAGGAGAAGCUGUUCGGCUCGCGCUCGCCCAUCCUGCGCUCGUUCAAGACGGAGCUCUCAGACCCCAUCAAGACGGAGCAGGAGGACCUGGGGGAGCUGGGGAGGAGCGAGUGGUGCCCGAGGAGCCCCCCCGCCGCCCCCACGCACAAGAUCAUCCAGCCCAUCCAGUCCAUCAAGAGCGAGCUGUCGGCGAACGGCUCGCCGCCCAGCGUGCAGACUCUGGUGGAGCAGAGGAACCUGAGCUUUGAUCAGGCCAUCGCCAUCGAGGCUCUGACCCAACUGGCAGCUCUACCCGAAAACACCCACGCGCACAUAAAGACAGAGUGGCCGCCGGAGCAGCCCGUCUCCGUAUCCACUCCCCUCGCAGCCGCUAAUCCCAACACACCCCCGGCGCUCCCGGCCAAGCACACAGCUGUCAUCCGCUGCAACAAGGUGUCGGUUAUCAGCUCGCCGCUCAACCACACGUCGGUCAUACGCCCCCCGGUGGCGAAGCAGGGGAGCGUCUUUCAGAUCUCCCGGGACGCCGCGUCUGCGGGCAAGAUGUCUCUGCAGGACCUGCUGGAGGCCAGCUCCCAGGGGGAGAGAGCGCCCUGCUGGGGCACGGAGCAGACCUUCACCACUCGGAUCAUCAAGACCGAGGCCGGCUACAAGGACUACAGCGACGGCCAGAACAGGAUCUGCAAGGGCCCAGAGAGGCUGUUCUGGGGGGAGAAGGAGAUGCUGGCCGGGAAGAUGGCCAGGAGGAACAGGGACGAGGAGGAGGUGGCAGCCCAGCUGGCCGACCUGGCCUUCAUCAUCCAAUCGCGUCAGAGCCAGCAGUCGGAGAACUUCCCUCCCCGCGGGACCCCCGUCGCCACCAUCAAGUACAACUACAACAACGCCCACCUGCUCCCCGACCCCAAGAAGGCCCUGGUGAAGAAGACCAAAACGACCCCCUCCAAACCCAGGAAGAAGAAGGAGGCGGAGGAGGGGGGCACGCCUCGCCGGACCCCGCUGGCCAAGCGCACGCCCAACGGCAAGACCCCCUCCAAGGGCCGGGGCCAGAAGCUGCCUCCGCCGGGCGGGGCGGCGGCGGCCGCGGCGGCGGCGGCGGCCUCCCUCCGCCACAAGCGGAACCUCUUCCUCCCCCAGGCCCAGAUGGACCUGGGGCGGUACGUGGCCGAGGCCCAGGCCACGGAGCAGCGGCAGCUCAUCCAGCACGCCCCCACCCCCCCCCCAGUACCACAACCAGAACCACCACGCCGCCCAGUACACCAGGACGCACUACGCCAACGGCCCGCCGGGCCAACAGCGGGCCCUCUUUAA